AAUUCCCCCCUUUAUUGCACAAUAAUUUGAACACAUUAAUAAAAUAAACAACAAAAAUAACUUAAUUUCCACGUCGGCGCGUGGGAAGAUAAAGAACCUUCCCCUCAGUCGCUAGAAAAUUCUGCCACGGUCCUACGUCACUCAUACCCAUACCCGCUCCAAGAAGGAAAAAAAAUAAUAAAAAUAAAAAAACAAAAAUAAAAAGUCAACGCGAUUCAAAGGGAGCGCAUUUAAGUAAUUUCACAAAAGCAAAACCCAGCCACGUGUCGACGUGAAAACGUUACCGUGUGUUCACGGGGCAAGUCCCGGUAACGGCGUUACGUGGUUCCGUCUCCUUCCACGAAUUUACUCUCACCCGCGGCGGCUGCUUCCCGUCUUCUCCACUGACUUCUAUAUAUUCUUCUUCAUCGCCGACCUGUACGAAAAAAUUUUCCGCCACAGACCAAAAAAUUCCCGAUUACACCAAUCACAAAUUUCCACAACAAAAGAAAGAAUCUCAACUUACCCUUCUGAUUACACGAUCUCGAUUUCGAAGUCCGAUCACGAGGAGCCGAUCAUCCCUGGUUUCCGUUUCUGGUUAAUGUGAAAAAGGAGAAAAAACAAAUAUGGUAGCAGAAGCUGAGGUUGUUGUUUGCCCGAAGAGCCUCCCGGUUUUGGAGGUGCAGUAUUUCGAUCAAAUUGAGUCGAUCGGCGACGCGAUUUCGCCGACUCUCGACCGAGUUCGAGCUUCGGAAUCGGUCUCCGCCGAGUUGUCUAGCUCUCAAUCGGAUAUUAAACCCAUGAAGAAAAUUCCGGACUCCGACGACGGUUCGGCCGGCGUUGAGGAAUUUCUUCCGAGCCUCCGGUCGGGGAGCUUUGCUGAUAUUGGACCUAGGAGAUACAUGGAAGAUGAACAUGUAAGGAUAGAUGAUCUGUCUUCUCAUUUAGGAUCCUCGGUCUUCAMGUUUCCCAAGCCAAGUGCUUUCUAUGCGGUAUUUGAUGGCCAUGGAGGACCUGAAGCAGCAGCUUAUAUCAGAAAGAAUGUUCUAAGACUAUUCUUUGAGGAUGUUAGGUUUCCUCUAAUGCCAGAUGUUGAUGAAGUCUUGCCGGAGGACAUCGAAAACUUUCUUCGCGAAGCRUUUCUUCUGGCUGAUCAAGCUCUGGCAGAUGAUUCUGAUGUCAGUAGUUCUUCCGGGACGACGGCGCUGACUGCUCUGAUACUUGGAAGGCUUUUAAUGGUGGCUAACGUAGGAGAUUGCCGGGCAGUUCUCUCUCGGAAAGGAGAGGCGGUAGAUAUGUCUCAAGACCACCGGCCAAUUUAUACCUCGGAGAGGCAACGGGUGGAAGAGUUGGGUGGCUACGUUGAUGGCGGCUAUCUUAACGGCGUUUUAUCGGUAUCCAGGGCCUUGGGGGAUUGGGACAUGAAGCUCCCCCAUGGUUCUCCUUCACCUCUCAUUGCAGAACCAGAAUGCAGGCAGGUGGUUUUAACAGAGGAGGAUGAGUUCCUGAUCAUAGCCUGCGAUGGGAUCUGGGACGUGAUGUCUAGCCAGCAAGCAGUCAAUGUGGUUCGACAGGGACUUCAGCGACACGACGACCCUGAGCGAUGUGCUCGAGACCUCGUCCUGCAGGCUUUGCGACUAGACUCAUUCGAUAAUCUCACUGUUGUCGUUGUUUGCUUCUCUAGUUUCCACCGUGACAAUCCGUUGCCACUGCAGCGAAAAUUGAGAUACUGCAGCCUCUCUGCACAGGCCCUUUGUAGCUUGCAGAGAUGGUUAGACAACAGUGGAUGCCAAUGAGUGUAACUAUUUCCUGUAAAACCCCUCAUUUAUAACAGAUUGAAGCGUUCAGCUCUGCAAUCCCAUUUAUUGGAAUGUAAAUAGUUUUCUGAUAUCUACUCCCUCAGAUUGCAGGCAUACAUAGCUUCAAUAAAUCAGCUGAACUCAGCAUAUUUUUGUAAAAUACAUUGAGAUAUUCAGUACAACAGAUUCUGUUAUGUAUUCUA